AUGAACGUAUUGAAGUUACAAAAGAAGUAUCCUGUAUUGGAACAGUCUGAUCUUUUCAAUAUAAUUGAAGAUUUCAGGGCAAUUGACUUGGAAGACAAAGGUUGGGUUGAAAAGAAGGAUGUUAUCAACAGUGUCAGCAAACAGGGACAAUACUCCUAUGACGAAACAAGAGAAACAUUGAAACACGUUGAUGUUGAUGCAUCGGGUCAUGUCGAAUUGGAUGACUAUGUUGCAUUGAUUGCCAAGUUGAAGGAAUCGAAGGGAGAGGGAGUCUCCACUUCACUGGCCCCGCAAUUGAACAAAAAGGCAGCUCCACCCAUCCCCAGUGCCAAUUCAAAAAACAAGACUUACAUCGAAGGAAAAACUUCAGGAACUACCCACACAAUCAAUGACGAGGAGCGUACUGAAUUUACCAGACACAUCAACUCGGUAUUGUCUGGGGAUUCUGAAGUUGGAGAUAGGUUACCUUUUGAUACAGAAACGUUUCAAGUUUUUGAUGAGUGCAGAGAUGGAUUGGUAUUGUGUAAAUUGAUCAACGACUCUGUGCCUGACACUAUUGACACAAGAGUUUUGAACUUGCCCAAGGGGAAAAAGCAAUUGAACAAUUUCCAAAUGUCGGAAAAUGCAAACAUUGUUAUCAACUCUGCUAAGGCAAUUGGUUGUGUUGUGGUGAAUGUUCAUUCAGAGGAUAUAAUUGAUGGUAAGGAGCAUUUGAUAUUGGGGUUAAUUUGGCAAAUUAUUAGAAGAGGAUUGUUGAGUAAAGUUGAUAUCAAAUACCAUCCCGAAUUGUAUCGUUUGUUGGAGGAUGACGAAACUUUGGAACAAUUUUUAAGACUUCCACCUGAGCAAAUCCUUUUACGUUGGUUCAAUUAUCAUUUAAAGAAUGCUGGAACCAACAAGCGAGUUUCCAAUUUUGGUAAAGACGUUAGUGAUGGUGAAGCAUACACCUACUUGUUGAAUCAAUUGAAACCCGAUGUUUGUGACUUGUCACCUUUGAAAACUAACGAUCUACUUACCCGUGCUGAACAAGUUUUGGACAAUGCGGACAAGAUUGAUUGUCGUAAAUACUUGACACCAAAGUCAUUAUGUUCGGGAAACCCAAAGUUGAACUUGGCAUUCGUGGCCAACUUGUUCAAUACACACCCUGGUUUGCAACCAAUUGAGGAACACGAGAAAGUCGAGAUUGAAGAGUUUGAUGCUGAAGGUGAACGUGAAGCCAGAGUGUUUACAUUGUGGCUUAACUCUUUGGAUGUAGAUCCCCCAGUUGUAUCUUUGUUUGAGGAUUUGAAAGAUGGAUUGAUCUUGUUGCAAGCUUUCGACAAGGUAUUACCGGGAAGUGUUUCAUUCAAACACGUAAACAAAAAACCUGCCAAUGGAGAAGUUUCUCGUUUCAAGGCGUUGGAAAAUACAAACUAUGCGGUCGAAAUAGGGAAAGCCAAUGGGUUUUCGCUUGUUGGUAUAGAAGGAUCUGACAUUGUUGAUGGAAACAGAUUGUUGGACUUGGGUCUUGUUUGGCAAUUGAUGAGAAGAAAUAUUGUCAAUACCUUGGCAGAGUUGGGCAAAGGUGGUCAAUUGUCUGAUGCAGAUAUAUUGAAAUGGGCCAACCUGCAGGUCACUAAAGGCAACAAGUCAUCACAAAUUAGAUCCUUUAAAGAUGCCUCUUUGUCAACUGCGGUAUUCUUGUUGGAUGUAUUGAACGGUAUGGCACCGGGCUAUGUUGAUUACGACUUGGUGUAUGAAGGGAAAACCGAAGAGGAAAGGUAUGCCAAUGCCAAGUUGGCAAUUUCGAUUGCUAGGAAAUUGGGUGCUUUAAUUUGGUUGGUUCCUGAGGAUAUAAAUGAGGUUAGAAGCAGGUUGAUUUUAUCCUUUGUAGGAAGUUUGAUGGCUGUGGAGAGUAAGUAA